UUUUUCCUAGCAGAUAACAAGAGGAGAACAUGUACCAACUGUGGCAGUGUUUUUACUCACAGAUGUGACCUUCAAAGGCACCAACAAACUCGUGCAGAACAGAUGUGUUCUACCACAGAAAAGCCCUACAAAUGCACUCUGUGUGAGAAAUGUUCUGCCUUAACAACAGUGCCUGGAAAGAAACAUUUUAGAAGUCAAGCAACCAGAAAAUAUCUUGAUUUCAAGUUACCACUUCCAUGCCAGCAGGAUGACUGCAUAAGAGAGAACCCAUGUGAAGAUAACAAUCAACUUUUUGUCUGGAAUUUAAACCCUGUGACUUGCCAGAGACGAGAGAAACCGUACAAAUGCCAGCAGUGUGGGAAAUGUUUUGCUCAAAAGCCAGACCUUCGGAGACAUCAGAAAUUUCACUCAGGAGAGAAACCACACAAAUGCGAGGAGUGCGGAAAAAGUUUUGCUCAAAAGCCAGACCUUAGGAGGUAUCAGAGAAUCCACUCAAAAGAGAAAUUGUGUAAAUGCCAAGAGUUUGGGAAAAGUUUUCCUCAAAACCUUAUGAAGCAUGAGAAAGUUCUUUCAGGUUUAAACUCAUACAAAUGUCAAGAGUGUGGAAAAUAUUUUGCUCAAAUCUCUAACCUUAGGAAGCAUCAGAAUGGCCACUCAAGAUUGAAACCGUACAAAUGUCAGGAGUGUUGGAAAUGUUUCGCUCAUCAUUCACUUCUUUUGAUCCACCAGAGAAUCCAUACAGGAGAAAAACCAUUCAAAUGCCAAGAGUGUGGGAAAUGUUUUACAUGGAACUCAAGCCUUAUGAUCCACCAGAGAAUCCAUACAGGAGAGGGACCAUGCAAAUGCCAGGUGUGUGGGAAAUAUUUUGCCUGGAACUCAGCCCUUAUGAUCCACCAGAGAGUCCACACAGGAGAGAAACCAUUUAAAUGCCAGGUGUGUGGGAAAUGUUUUGCUAACAAUUCAAACCUUCUGGCACACCAGAAACUCCACACAGGAGAAAAACCAUACAAAUGUCCAGAGUGUGGGAAAUGCUUUCCUCUCAAUGCAAACCUACUAAAGCAUCAGAAAGUCCACUCGGCAUUGAAACCUUACAAAUGCCAGGAGUGUGGAAAAUAUUUUGCUCAAAAGCCGUACCUUAGGAGGCAUCAGAGAAUUCACUCAGGAGAGAAACCGUACAAAUGCCAGGAGUGUGGAAAAUCUUUUCUCAGAAAUUCCAUCCUUUUGAUCCACCAGAGAGUCCACACAGGAGAGAAACCAUCCAAAUGCCUGGAGUGUGGGAAAUGUUUUGCUUGGCAUUCAGACUUUCUAAAACACCAGAGAGUCCACACAGGAGAAAAGCCCUAUGAUUGCCAGGAGUGUGGGAAGUGUUUUGUUCAAAAACCAGAUCUUAAAAGGCAUCAGAGAGUGCACUCAGGGGACAAGCCAUGUAAAUGCCAGCAGUGUGGGAAAUGUUUUCCUCACAAUUCAAAUCUUCUGAAGCACCAGAAAGUGCACUCAGGUUUGAAACCAUAUAAAUGCCUGGAAUGUGGAAAGUGUUUUUCUCGAAAUUCAAAUCUUCUGAGGCACCAGAAAGUGCACUCAGGAUUGAAACCAUACAACUGCCAGGAGUGUGGGAAAUGUUUUGCCCAAGAGACAGACCUUAGGAGGCAUCAGAAAGUUCACUCAAGUCUCAAACCAUAUAAAUGUCAGGAAUGUGGGAAAUGUUUUGCUCAAACCUCAGACCUUAGGAGGCAUCAGAGAGUUCACUCAGGGGAAAAACCAUACAAAUGCCUGGAGUGUGGGAAAUAUUUUGCCUGGAAUUCAACCCUUAUGAGCCACAAGAGAGUCCACACAGGAGAGAAACCAUACAGAUGCCAGGAGUGUGGGAAAUAUUUUGCUUGCACUUCACAUCUCAUGACUCAUCAGAGAAUCCACACAGGAGAGAAGCUGUACAAAUGCCAGGAGUGUGGGAAAUGUUUUACUCACAAGUCAAACCUUCUGAAGCACCAGAAACUCCAUUCAGGAGAGAAACCAUACAAAUACCCUUCAGCUGUUUCAGCCAUGUUGCCUGGGGAGAUUGUGGAGGUUAUAGUCUAAAAAACAAACCUCUAUUCAAUUUUUGGAUCUUGGUAAGUAAGAAGAACAGGGAAUGGUACCUCUUCCAUAGGAUGGGAAGGCAAAAAUAGGAUACGACUGGAAGGGAAGCAUAGAGGUGGAAAGGAAGCAUAGACACAGUUAGAAUUGUCCCGGUACAUCCAUUUUAGUCCUAUGCUGGAAACACUAUGAUAGGCACCCUAAUGACAGAUCCAUUUCCUUAUGACUUAAAAGUCCAAGGGAUAGAGAAAAAUCCUCCAGUUUAAAUAGGGACUUUCUGAAGCAUGCCUUCUUGCUAUUCAUGUUUUGUAAACAGUCGCUGUAUCUUGAUGUCUGUGUAUAUGUGUGACUUUUUGUAAUCUCUUUUUCCUUCUACGUCUCUUCAUCUUCCCUUUUUCAAUUACUAUUCUAAAUAAACUUUAUUAAGUGCAA